UGAGACUUCAGCUCCACCACCCGCGUCGCGCAUGGUGUUUCCCGGGAGAGCCAUGGCCACUUUCCGCUUGGCCCUCAUCCAACUUCAGGUUUCUUCCAUCAAAUCGGAUAAUCUCACUCGAGCCUGUGGCCUUGUCCGGAAGGCAGCCGCACAAGGAGCAAAAAUAGUUUCUCUGCCAGAAUGCUUUAAUUCUCCAUAUGGCACGAACUAUUUUCCUGAAUAUGCAGAGAAAAUUCCUGGUGAAUCCACACAGAAGCUCUCAGAAGUAGCAAAGGAGUGCAGCAUAUAUCUCAUUGGAGGUUCCAUUCCUGAAGAGGAUUCUGGGAAGUUAUAUAACACCUGUGCCGUGUUUGGGCCUGAUGGAGCUUUACUGGUAAAGCACAGAAAGCUCCAUCUGUUUGACAUUGAUGUUCCUGGGAAAAUCACAUUUCAAGAAUCUAAAACAUUGAGUCCUGGUGAUAGUUUCUCCACAUUUGAGACUCCUUACUGCAGAGUGGGCCUGGGCAUCUGCUACGACAUCCGCUUUGCAGAGCUUGCGCAAGUCUACGCGCAGAGAGGCUGCCAGCUGUUGGUCUAUCCUGGAGCUUUUAAUUUGACCACUGGACCAGCUCACUGGGAGCUGCUUCAGCGAGGCCGGGCUGUUGAUAAUCAGGUGUAUGUGGCCACGGCAUCUCCGGCCCGAGACGACAAAGCCUCCUAUGUUGCCUGGGGACACAGCACUAUCGUGAAUCCUUGGGGGGAGGUCCUGGCCCAAGCUGGCACUGAAGAAACGAUCGUGUGUUCAGACAUAGGUGGAAAAAGCCAGAGUUUACCUAAUUUCAUGAGGAAACAGGUCAGCGUGAACAAACUGGUAAUUUGUGGAUACCAUCCCGAUAGAACUUUUCUUGUUUUGAGGCAAACCAUUCAGAGGCCCAAUUUUCCACUUCUUCGUACGUUUUGAAGUGCUGCUCAGAAAGUGCGUGUGACAUCCAUUGGAACAAGUGGUAAUCUU